CCGCAGCGUGGACGCGCGGCUCGUAGAUUGUGGCUGAUGCUGAACAAAAGUAUACGGCUGGCAACAUAACUGUAAACGGCGUGUCGAAGCGAACAUACGCACCGUUACAUACAUUAUAGAGCCACAACAGUUGCGGUGUGCAAUUAAUUGCAAAGUGUUGUGAAUUUAAUUAAAAACUUUCAUAAGUUGCCAGUAAAUGCGAGCAACAAGCAGAAUAAGUGUAAGAAAGUCGACGACGGCAAGCAGUGCGCAGUCUGUGGCACACGUUUGCAAAAAUAAUACCGUCUAAGCGAAUUCAUCCGCAGCGCCAAACAAGCGAGUAAUACAAAUCAGCCAAGUGAAAGCCACAAAUGGUCCGCAAAGCGGUCGUGUAAUCGAAAUAUUCAAAUUGCUAAUGAGAGUUCGUGAAAUAAGCGCCAAAGUUGCACCGCCGUCGUCGCUAUGGUUAUCGUGGACUCACCGCGCGUCGCGCAAAAAUAUCUUCGUCGCGUCUCGAAAGAUUUCUCGACCGUGCGUCGUUUCAGUUCAGCGCCACAGCGUGCCGCAACGCCGCCACCAGCACCGCAGCCGUCCAGAAACUACCUCUCACCAGACGAUGCACAGUCAGUUUCCUUUGAAGCGUGUGAUUUCAAUGACGUCGCAAUCGGCAAAAACGAAUCCUUUCGCGGCAUACGACGGCGUCGUUACGCGCGCAAACGUUCCUCCGUCUCGUCGACGCUCACGCGUGUGCUCAUACUGAAUGUGCGUGAUUUGCUGAAGGUGGCCGAUAUGCGGGACAAACAGAACGAGCAUACACCUCGCAGCUGGAUUGAGACAAAUUUUCAGAAGAGAGAAUGCAUCAAAUUCAUACCAUGCCCCAAAGAUGAGACCAAAUGUUGUUGCGGUCAGUCACGUCAAACCCAUCAAACGAUACCGGGCAUCGAAAGUGGUUCGCCCGGUGACAGUUGGCUGCCACAGAAGCACACCAGAGCACAACCCACCGAUGCAUAUGGUACAAUUGAAUUUCAAGGCGGUGCACAUCCGACCAAAGCACAGUAUGUGCGUCUGUCCUUCGAUACACGCCCGGAAUUGUUGGUGCAGCUGUUUACCAAAGAAUGGAAUCUGGAAUUACCGAAACUUUUGAUUACAGUACAAGGUGGCAAGGCGAAUUUCGAACUGCAACCAAAGUUGAAAAAGGAAAUUCGUAAAGGUCUUUUGAAAGCGGCGAAGACGACGGGAGCAUGGAUAUUUACAGGCGGUACAAAUACAGGUGUUACGAAGCAGGUGGGCGAUGCGUUGUUGCUGGAGGGUCAGCAGCGGAGUGGGCGUGUCGUUAGCAUCGGUAUUGCACCCUGGGGUAUAGUGGAGCGUAAUCAUGAACUUUUGGGGCAUAAUCGAGAGGUGCCCUGUCACAGCAUAAGCUCACCGAGGUCCAAAUUAGCUGUGCUGAAUAAUCGUCAUGCUUACUUCCUGCUGGUCGAUAACGGUACACAGGCAAAAUAUGGCGCUGAGUUGAUAUUGCGACGAAAAUUGGAGAAAUUCAUAUCGAACUUGAAGCUACAUCCAUUUACACAUUCCAGCACACCGGUCGUCUGCCUGGUUAUCGAGGGUGGCACAAAUACGGUACGUGCCGUGCUUGAGUACGUGACGGACACGCCACCAGUGCCGGUGGUGGUGUGCGAUGGCUCGGGUCGUGCGGCCGAUCUGAUAGCGUUCGUGCACAAGUUUUUCGCAUACAAGAGAAGCCCGAAGGCGAGGCACAGGAAUUGGAUCAGACGAUAUUAACGGCGCUCUUCAAAUCGCAACACUUGAGCCCACCGGAACAGCUGAGUUUGGCAUUGACAUGGAAUCGCGUUGACAUCGCUCGCAGCGAAAUUUUCGUCUACGGCCAGGAGUGGCCCCAUGGUGCUCUGGAUGAGGCGAUGAUGCAGGCACUCGAACACGACAGAAUCGAUUUUGUGAAAUUACUUUUGGAGAAUGGCGUUUCAAUGAAGAAAUUUUUGACAAUACCACGCCUUGAGGAAUUGUAUAAUACAAAACAUGGUCCAGCCAAUACUUUAGGUUAUAUUUUACGCGACGUACGUCCACACAUACCAAAGGGAUACGUCUACACACUACACGAUAUCGGUUUAGUUAUUAACAAAUUAAUGGGUGGCGCGUAUCGCUCAUAUUAUACACGCCGAAAAUUUCGUCCGAUCUACGCAAAAGUAAUGAACAGUUAUGCCAAUGCACACCGCAAAUCCUCAACAUAUCAACGUUAUGCGGGCGCAAAUUCCUUAAGUUUGGUCACCGGAUUGCUGCCAUUCACAACGGAAAUGGCACUUUUCGAAUUUCCUUUCAACGAAUUGUUGAUUUGGGCUGUGCUUACGAAGCGUCAACAAAUGGCGUUGCUUAUGUGGACGCACGGCGAGGAGGCUUUGGCAAAAUCCCUGGUGGCCUGUAAACUGUACAAGGCYAUGGCACACGAGGCCGCCGAGGAUGAUUUAGACACGGAAAUCUAUGAUGAAUUGCGUGCAUAUGCGAAGGAAUUCGAAAGCAAAGGUAUUAAACUAUUGGACUUCAGCUAUCGCACUGAUGGGGAGAAGGCUCAACGACUACUCACUUGUGAGCUACACUCUUGGUCGAACCAAAGUUGCCUUUCGCUGGCGGUGGCCGCCAAUCAUCGUGCACUCUUGGCGCAUCCGAGCAGUCAAGUCAUACUGGCCGAUUUGUGGAUGGGCGGCUUGCGAACGCGCAAAAAUACAAAUAUUAAGGUCAUCUUAGGUCUUUUGAUACCCUUUUAUAUCAGACAUUUGGAUUUCAAAUCCAAAGAAGAGCUACAACAAAUGCCACAAACCGAAGAGGAGCAUCUGGAGAAUCAGAAUUUGGACAACGACGAUUCGGAUCGUUCGCAACCCGACGCCGAGGCACUUUUGGCGGACACAUACUCCCURCGUGAUACCAAAGUACAAGAGAAUGGAAAAGUUUCACUCACCGAUUCCGAUCCAUCACAGUUCCGUGAUAUUUUUAAUUUGGGCGAAUACGAGUUGAAGCAGCAUCAGCCGCUGCGUUUGAAGAAGAAAUUCUAUGAAUUUUACACCGCACCAAUUACGAAGUUCUGGGCAGAUUCGAUUGCCUAUAUGUUUUUUCUAUUCAUGUUCACCUACACCGUGCUGGUGAAGAUGGGCCCGACGCCGCGCUGGCAGGAGGUCUACUCCAUCGCAUAUAUAGCCACCUUGGGUUUCGAGAAAAUACGAGAAAUUAUCUCUUCGGAGCCGGUGGCCAUAACCCAUAAAUUUGCGGUCUGGGCCUGGAAUAUGUGGAAUCCCUGUGAYGCAGCUGCUAUUAUCUUGUUCCUGAUCGGUUUAUCGUUGCGCUUUCGACCCAACACAAUGGAUAUCGGCCGCGUGAUUUACUGUGUGGAUAGUAUUUAUUGGUAUUUGCGAAUACUCAAUAUUUUGGGUGUCAACAAGUAUUUGGGUCCGCUGGUCACUAUGAUGGGCAAAAUGGUUAAAAACAUGAUUUAUUUUGUGGUGCUCUUGGCUGUGGUACUAAUGAGUUUCGGCGUCAGUCGUCAGGCCAUACGGCAUCCGGGCAAUGAGCCAACUUGGGGUUUAAUUAAAGAGGUUUAUUAUCAGCCGUACUUCAUGUUGUAUGGUGAAGUGUUCGCCGAUGAUAUUGAUCCACCAUGCGGUGAGGAGCCGCAUCAGAAGCCUUGUCCCACUGGCCACUGGGUGACACCGAUCAUAAUGGCAAUGUACCUGCUGAUUGCCAAUAUUCUGCUAAUUAAUCUGCUGAUUGCCGUCUUCAAUAACAUUUUCAACGAAGUGAACUCGGUUUCGCAUCAGGUUUGGAUGUUUCAACGCUUCACCGUUGUCAUGGAGUACCAACAGAAGCCCGUGCUGCCGCCACCCUUCAUCGCGCUCUGCCAUUUCUACUCGCUGCUCAAGUAUUGUAUACGCAAAGCGAAAGGAUUGGAGGUACAACGUGACAAUGGUCUAAAGUUGUUCCUGGAAAAGGAUGAUAUGGAGCGUUUGUAUGACUUCGAAGAGGAGUGUGUGGAGGGUUUCUUCCACGAACAGGAAAUCAUAUUGAAUCAAUCGACUGAUGAACGUGUUAAGAACACAACCGAACGUGUUGAAAUAUUGGCGCAAAAAAUCGAGGAUAUUAACCAGAAGGAGAAUGUGCAGACAGCAACAGUGCAGAGCAUCGAAUUUCGUCUACGCAAAAUGGAAGAAUCCUCCGAACAAAUCCUGUCACACUUAGCUGUCAUACAUCGUUUCAUGUCGAUGCACAUGCUCGAUGGUGUUGACUUACAAGCGUCCAAUAUGAAUAUAGCUACUGAUCUGCAGCGAGUACGAACRGUCUCGAUGUCGGAUAAUGAAGCACCGAUGCCACCACCGAAUUUACAGGUCAAUAACCGCCGUCGCUUCAAUCGUUCACUCACUGAGGUGCGUCCGGAUGCAUACAUUUUCGACGAAGGCACACACUUCGAAGUGGUGCCAGUACCUGAAGAGCCCGACGAGCUGGACAAGUCACGCGAGGCGCUCAACGAGCAUGUCGGCCGCAAGAUAUCCAUGCAAUCCGAAUCCGAUUCGGACAUUUACCUGCCCAUGUCACAACGACCGUCCACCUGUGAGACUGUUAAGCGCACACCAUACGUCACCGUGCGCCAAGACACCGGCGCCAGCACCGAAAGCAAAGACACCCUAACGCCGCUGGGCGCUGACGACGACCACACGCUGGUCGGUGAGAAUUCGGACGAAACCAAUCAGGAGCUCAAUUUCGAAGCCGCCAAGCGUCGUGCCAUGCGCCAACGCACCGUAUCGCUGUGUCGUCGCAACUCCGAAGCGUGCUCCAUCAUAGCUGCUGCCGAUAUUAACCGCUCRCACAUAAGUCUGAAUCAGUUGCCGCUGUCACGUCGGCAAAUGAGUCUCACGCAAUCUGAGCCGGAUAGUGACAAGGAGGCGAUUGGAGGGGGAAAAGCCACGUUGCAUGCGAAAUCCUCCAGAAAUAUUCUGCUGAAGUUCCACAGCGAGUACACUUCAAUUACGGAUGAAUUGGAGAGUGUAUGCCAUUUGAUUGCCUCGCCGACGGUCUCAUUGCCAAGUAAUAAAGCAUCACUGGAUCGUCCGACGGGUGAAAUGUCCAAGGCUGAGUUUGCCGCCCUGAUGGAGAAGCAGCAUUUGAAGGAAUGCGAAGAGAACGACUACAUGAUGCUGGAGGGACUGUUUCAGGCACGUGCGUCCAUCGAUGAUACCGACACUUCCUUCGGGACCGGUGCAUCAGCUGAGUUUAGUCAUCGCCAUCCACUGCGUCGUGAGACAGCCAUCGAACUUUCGCCGUCCAAGCCGCCUUCAGGUGGUGGCAUGCUCGGCUGCGGCAACAGCAGCGACACCAGCGGAGCCGGCAGCGGAGGAGGCGGCGGCAUUACAACCGGUGUAUUUACGAGCUCUUCCACCGGACCAGCCGGUUUCCAAUUGAAAAACGAACGCCCAUGGCAACGCAACUCAUCGAUGGAACAGCAGCAAACAUAUCAAACACCCGCCACGGUGCCAACACGUGCUGCCAGCGAAUUCCUCAAUGCGCCAUUCGAAAGCACCGGCAGGCUAUUCAAGAAAUCCAGCGAAAGCCUACAAAAGGGCUCCAGCACGGAGACCGACUACUCAGCACAUCCAUAUCGCUUUAUUAAGCAAAGUUCAAACGACACAACCACCUCAAUGACCGGUUCCUAUAACAUCGAUACGCCAACGCUGGCGGCCGAGCUCUCGCUCGACGCCGUCGACGCCAACACACAAACGACGGCGCCACCAACAACAGGCACCACAACAUUGACAGAGUACAACGUCAGCAGCAGCGUCACCAACAUGGCUGCAGGCAACGGCGGCAGCGCGAGCGAUACCACAGCACGUUAUCAGCCGCUGCGCACCGCCUCCAUGGGCGCUGGCGACGGCAAGCGCGAUGGCGCUAGCAAACGCGCCAGCGACACCAAGGAGCUAAGUGCCACAGCCGCAGCUGCGGCGGCGGUAAUAUCGCAGGUGCAGUCCGCGUUGCCGCGUGCCAUGCAGCUGAAGAAGCAGUUUAGCAUGGAUCAAGCGAACAAAAUGCAGCCGCAGCAGCUGCAAUACGGCUCGCAUGUGCAACACCAACAACAACAACAGCAGCAGCAACAUAAUGUUUUGCCGGCCACUGCGUUGGCGGCCAGCGCCACAGCGACAGCGUCCAGCGUAUUGGCCGACAAGGCGAGCGCGAGCGGUGCGGCUGCUGUGCUGCCAGCGCUUGCAGUGCCAGCCAAAUUGUUGUCCUCACUCAAGCCGCCUGGCGGCAUCAAAACGCUCGGCAUGAACAUACUCAAGGAGAGCAGCUCCAGCACGGAGGAGUCGAAAGAUAGUGGCGCCGGCGGCGGUGGCGAACCAGCGCUAACCGGCGCGACCAUGCCACAAAUAAGCACACACACGGUGCAGGACGAGAUCGCCAAGCUCUCGUCCAACAUCAAGUCGAGCACCGAAUCGGAGAAGGAUCCGCCCUACAAUGAGACAAUGUGCUGAUCGGCGAAAGCCGAAAUACAACGUCUACGGCAUACACACAUACACAUUAUCUAGGAACUAGCUACAUUAAUUAACUAUUUGUAUUUUUAUUGUACAUAAAUAUGUAUGUAUGUAUGUGAUUCAGCGUUGUUGAUUAGUGGCGUAGAGUGUUUAGGGAGCGUUUAGAAAAAAUUAAUAUAUAUAUAUUUAUAUAUACAUAUGUUUGUAGCGUCAACGGCAUAUAAAAUGAGCGUAAAUCUAUAUGUAUACAAGUAAGCUGAAGUUGAAACUAGGUCUAGUAGCAAAUUAUGUAUGUAACUGAGGCGUGCUGUUGCUGCAAUUUUAUAGACAAUUUCUUAUUAAAUAAUAUAUAUAUAUAUAUACACACACACAUACUUAUACAUAUAUAUCAAUGAUGUUUUAAAAUGUUUUUUAAAUGUAAGUUAGCUGCGUGUGUGUGAUUGCUCAACUGCAUUAAAGCGAAGUACCAAACCAAACAAAAAUCACUGCAAAUUUAGAAGCAAGAGUUAUAU